GCGCAGGCUAAGUGAAGUGCUUUCCUUAUCUGAAAGGAUCUCUAUCCUGUUCUAACGAGGCACUUGACCUCCCUCCGCGCUUUCAUUCCCUGGCUGACGCAAAAAAGUGGGCUGGCGAAGCGCUAAGUGCAGCAGUUAGAGGACUAUCGGUGCGCAACGAAACAUCACUAGUCAAGCAGACUUCAUUUAGAGCGCCUAUCUUUGGUUCAGCUCUUCCACUCGGAUGUUAUACAAAUGCAAACACCUUGGCGGAGAUAACCGGGAUGUGUACGGAUGUGUGUGAGAAAGACAAAACUCAGGCUUCCUCAAACUUGUAGCAGGCUCCUCCAUUCAGUAAGCAGAGAGAUUGUGAAACUUUUCUUUUGAAUGAGUAUCCCGCCGCUGGCUGGCACAUCUGGACUCGGGGUCCUCGGAGCUGUCAAGUCCAGCGCCAACGUUCAGCCGGACCUGCCCUGACCCCGUUUUGUCUUCCCUGAACUUUAAGGCGGAAUAUGGGACUUUAAGCACUUGUCUGUUAUUGUUAGUUUUGAAAAACUUUUUCCUCUUUUUUUUCAUAAUUACAAGGCACAAAAUGGAGCACUCGGUUCUCAGAAUAACAUGCGUCUUGGUGGUUAUCUGUCUCUUGGAUAAAAGGGUAGACUCCAAUGAAAUCUUGGGCCUGAAGCUUCCCAACAUCGACCCAAUCCUGAAUGCCAACACGGUGUGUCUGACACUGCCUGGUUUGACGAGGCGCCAGCUGGAGGUGUGCAUGCGUAACCCAGACGUGACGGCUUCAGCAAUCCAGGGAAUCCAGAUUGCCAUCCACGAGUGCCAGCACCAGUUCAGAGGGCACCGCUGGAACUGCUCCAGCCUGGAGACUAGGAACAAAAUACCCUACGACAGCAUAGUCUUUAAAAGAGGUUUCAGAGAGAGUGCCUUUGCCUAUGCCAUUGCAGCAGCAGGUGUAGUGCAUGCAGUUGCCAAUGCCUGCUCCAUGGGCAAACUGAAGGCGUGCAGCUGUGACGAGAAACGGCGUGGGGACGAGGAAGCCUUUCGCAUCAAACUGCACCGUUUGCAACUGGAGGCCAUCCACCGGGGGAAGGGUAUGGUACACGGAGUCAUGGAGCAUUUCCCCGCUGACCUGCCGGGACCCCAGGACUCCUGGGAGUGGGGCGGCUGCAGUCCCGAUGUGGAAUUCGGAGAGAAGUUCUCAAGGGACUUCUUGGACGCCCGCGAAACCUACAAAGAUAUCCACGCCCGUAUGAGGCUGCAUAAUAACAGAGUUGGGAGACAGGUGGUGCUCGACCACAUGAGAAGGAAAUGUAAGUGCCAUGGGACGUCGGGGAGCUGCCAGCUGAAGACCUGCUGGCAGGUCACCCCAGAGUUCCGGCUGGUGGGUUCAAUCCUCAAAGAACGCUUCCACAUCGCCACGCUUAUCAAGGCUCACAACCGAAACACUGGGCAGCUCGACCACUCCCACCACAACAACCACCACAACCACCAUAACCAUCACAACCACCAUCACCAUCAUCAAAACAACCACCACAAUCACCACCACACACAUCGGCGACGGCCAAGCAUCAACGAGCUGGUCUAUUUUGAAAAGUCUCCAGAUUUCUGUGAGCGCGACUUGGGGUCGGACUCAGCGGGCACGCAGGGCCGGAUCUGCAACAAGACCAGCCCUGGCAUGGACAACUGUGAGAGUCUGUGCUGCGGGAGAGGCCACAACAUCCUGCAGCAGACUCGGAGCGAACGCUGCAACUGCAAGUUUCACUGGUGCUGCUACGUGGUGUGUGAAGAGUGCAGAAUAACAGAGUGGGUCAGUGUCUGUAAAUGAAGAAACGCACUAAAGACUGUACACAAUUAAGAAAACAAAGAAAAAGAGACAAUUUGAAAAUCAGGACUAUUCAUCUGAAAGGGCAGUAUGACUGUAAUAUAUGCGCCCCAUACCUUUUUUUUGCUGUGGACUGCUGUUUUCAAGAAGAGCAAGGACCAAGUGUGAAGCAGUUGAGCCAGCAAGAAGAUCCGUGUGCAUGUUGUGUAAAGAGUGUGCGCAUGCAGCAUUUGUUUAAAGCUGUCACAACUCAGAAAGCAUGGACGUUCACUGCUUUCCUUUUGAGGUAAAUGGACAGUAAAAUCUGAAAGCUCCAAAUUUGAAAUGUGAGCUCUGAAAGCAACAAAUUCUUGUCAUUUCGUCAGCGUGUUGACUGACCUACAGCUCCAUGAGAUUUAAAGAGGAGGAUGUUGAGAAUAAACAGUAGAUUGCAUGCAGAAAGAAAAUAACAUUGCUUUAUAGCACCAGCAAUAUAUAAGGUGGAAAGGGUGAGCUCUGCAUCCCAUGAAACUUAAAAGAAGGGCGGGGUGGGGGGGUUCUGAUGAUCUUUUCUUCUAUGUACUACAUACAGGGACAAAUUAUAACUGUUUUCACACAUCAGGUUUCACAAUGCACAGGAUUUGACACGGCACAAUACACCUGGAGUACUUAAGGAUUUAGUGCCUCCUGCAAGGGCAGUUCAGAAGUUUCCGUGUUUGUAGCAGCUAUCAUGUUACACUUAAAUAUACAUCAGAGGACUGUGUGGCUCAGCUGACACUCCAUCGUGUGUAAUCCUGCUUAUAGUUGAUGACACCCCUCCAUUAAUACAUUCACUCAUGUUGAGGAAAAGAAAGCUGGGCUGUGUAAAUUGAAAUGUGUAGAUAAAUAGUAAUUGUAAGUAAUAAAUGGCUGCCACUGCAGAUGAGGAGAUUACGGCAAUGAUGACUCAGAAGUUCAAGCAGAAGAAGUCAAUCAACGACUGAUGGAAAGGUCUAAUUGUUGGUGCGGCUUCCUGGAAUUCCUCACAUUAGUCCAUUUCCUUGCUUCCAAUAGAGGAUGUUGAAAUAAAAUACACACAAAUGAAUUUCCAACAAAGCAGCCCCAGACACGUUGCUCCUUACACUAUGAAGUUGAUAUCUGAAUCCAUAUGAAAAUCGCUGUUUGAAAUGUAGAGCUUGUAGAGAUGUUUUUCUUCUUCUCUAAAACACAGCACAGAUGCAGUAGAUUGUCCUGAGCUACGUUGUCCAAAAUAUCCCAUGUGCCGUCUCUGUUGUGUGUGGUAUGUAAUGUAAGAGGACUGUCGGAGGUGCGGUGCAUGGUAGACCUUUAUUUAAGUACAGCUUUCAUCUUCAGCAUGACCUCAACAGCACUGUUAGAAAAAAAAGAAAGAAACUGCAUAAUGCUGCACAAAUACCAUCACUAAAUCUAAAGAGCCUCAGGAAACUGAGUGCACAUGGGGAAACUCAGUUCCUUGCACUACAACCAUCCCAAGCUGUCAUCAGUCCUCCUGUUUUGUGAUGAAAUGUACUGUGUGCAACACUGUAGGUUUCUUGUGAUAUAUCUGUGCUCACCAUCUUCACACUUCUUCCAUAGGUGCAAAUGGGGAUAAUCCAAUGUCAACUUCAAAAUAUAUAAAUAACAAGGUUGAUAUGGAUUUCUGCCUGCGCACAUUUUGAAGAUCAUAUCUGGUCUCAAAAAACUUGUAUGAGUGAGGCUCCUUAUCAGACAGUGUAAUUUAUUUCAAGCAAAUAUGUUGUAUGUGUUUAAAGCGCUUUUUGAUUUUUUUGAGUCUGAUAAGUGGUUUGCACAUACAGAACUGUGUCCAGGAAAACUCUGGGAGAUAUCAGCAAUAUGCAUUAUUUUUCAUGUCAUAAAUGUAAUGUAUGUAUGUAUUUUUAUGUUUUAAUAUGCUUGUUAUCUAAGUUAUUUUUUAUUUUUGUGGAUAACUUAAUAUUUGUAAGACAAUAAGGAAAGGCCACGAUAUUUCCAUAAAGUAGGGGCUUUAAUGUGAUGAAUAAUAAAAUACAUGAAAGCAGUGUAUUUGGUAAGAGAA